GCCGACACAGACACCUUGACAAGCCCACUGCUGCUGCUGCUGGUGCUGCGCACAGUACUUCUCGAUGUCGUUCAACGCUGGAGUCAAGACCACGCUCCUGCAGUACCCGACGAACAACAGGAUAUGCGGCGACUCCACCCGAAGGCGCAUGAUGGUCCGUAGCGGCCUAAGGCCGAGCAAACUCCCCACGGACUCGGCGCGGUCACUGCCCAACACAACGACGACGCAGCGACCACAGACUAUGCCGCCUUCGCAUGGUGGCUCCAGCUACCACGAAUUCAACCAAGAUCAUCCUACACGCACGUUGGGCCGCGCCCCCUUGGCCUCCAAAGCCGCUUCAUUUGGCCCGCCUACCCGUCAUGUGCAGUCAUCGUCGUCAUCGGUCCACCCUCCGCGGACACACAUGCAAGACAACGCUCCAUCGAAUCACUCCCACAUGCAUCCCCUCCCCACACAUUCCACGGAUGAACCUGUCCAACCACAACCGCCGCCAACCCAACAACCUCAUCCCAUGCACCCGCUGCCUAUCGGCCGGCAAAGAAGCGAGCCGAUCAUGGUCCCCAAAGUAGCGGCAAAUUCUGGUGCUUUCGUAGCGCCAGCCACCCAAAAGCAUCACGCUGUUCCAUCCGCCGCCGCCGCGGCACAUUCUCCUCCACCUGCGCAUUUACCACGCAAGAAAGUGGACGACGACGACGACGACGACGAGAUUCACAUCAUGAUGGACGACGGAGAUGCCGGGAAGAACAGCUUUUUGGACACCGAACACAGCAGCGUCGACGACUGGGACGACGCCGAGACGCUGAGCAGCAUGCGCGAUGUCCGCGGGAUUCGGGAGCGCGCCAAGUUGAUUCGCUCCAUGUCCAAGAACCUGCAUAUGCCCCCAUCCUCGACCGCGUCCAUGGGUCCCAACACAUCUAUCAUCAUCGAGCCACAUCAUCGUCGCAACGACACGACCCCCAUCCUAGCAACUCGGAUCACUAGCUUGUCAGAGCACGACUACGCGUCGGACGAAGAAGAGUUUUAGGAAAAUUGUUAAUAGGAAGGAGAAUUAGACCCCCCAA